GCAUUCCACGCAUACAGACCGCUGACAUUGCGUGACCUGUUACACGUCGUCGAACAUUUGAUCGCUUUUACGUUUUGUUCGCCUCCGCGUUCUCUUCUUGUGCUGUGGUGUUUCCCUUUCUGCAAAAUGGUCGAUACGAAUUGCAUGACGCUGACACGCUUUGUAUUGAGCGAGCAGCGGAAAAUUCCCGGGGCCACCGGUGACUUGACACAGUUACUGAGCGCAAUUAUGACGGCUGUGAAGGCAACUUCUUCUGCCGUCAGGAAAGCUGGAAUAGCACGUCUUUUUGGCAUUGCUGGCGACACGAACAUUUCUGGUGAUCAGCAACAGAAAUUGGAUGUGCUUGCGAAUGAGCUGUUCAUCAACAUGUUGCGAUCUUCCUACACAACCUGCCUUUUAGUCUCUGAAGAAAAUGAAACUGUGAUAGAAGUAGAGAUUGAAAAACAAGGCAAAUAUGUUGUGUGGUUUGACCCACUUGAUGGCUCUUCCAAUAUUGAUUGCCUGGCUUCCAUUGGUUCUAUAUUUGGUAUUGCCAGGAAAAUUUCGAAUGAUUCACCUGGACAACAGGACGGUAUUCAGCCAGGAAGGAACAUGGUAGCAGCUGGUUACGCCUUGUACGGUAGUGCUACUGUGAUCGUCCUAUCAACUGGUAAUGGUGUCAAUGAAUUUACCCUGGAUCCAUCGAUUGGAGAGUUUGUGCUGACGAAACCCAAUAUCCGAAUGAAGCCUAGAGGCAAGGCCAUCUACAGUGUCAAUGAGGGCAAUGCCUGCUACUUCUUUGAGCCAAUGAAGAAGUACAUGGAGAAGCUCAAGACACCCAAGGACGGUAAAGGCCCUUAUGCAGCGCGCUAUGUAGGCUCCAUGGUGUCCGAUCUCCACCGCACUCUUAUCUAUGGUGGCAUCUUCAUGUACCCAGGAAGCACCAAGGCCCCUGAGGGCAAGCUCCGCCUUCUAUACGAAUGCAACCCCAUGGCUUAUGUCAUUGAGCAAGCAGGCGGUAUGGCCUCUGACGGCAAUCAACCCAUCCUGGAUAUAGUUCCCACCUCGCUGCAUCAGCGUGCACCGAUAUUCAUAGGGUCUGCUGAUGAUGUCAAAGAUUACUUGAAGUGUGUUGAAGAAUGCAAGAAACAGUAGUUUUUAAGUUAACAAAAUAAUACUGUUUGGUUAAAGGGGUAACACCACCUCAUUCCGGGAAACUCAGGGGUUUCUUCACUGUCUUAAUAUUUCAUCAGGGUGGUCUGAAUGAACAUCCGUUUUUUUCCUCGCUAUGAAAGCUCUUUGGCCAACUUUGUAACAAUUUUGUUUAACGUCCUAGUUCUAUUUAUAAAUGCUGGGGCAAAAGCUACAAAUUGAAAUGAUUUUCUUCAAAAAGUCGUAAGUCCUAGGUACUCAAAGGAAUUAUCCGCCUUUUGAAACAUUUCCUUUGGCAAGACUCACUAACGACCUUUCACUGAUUACUAUUUACAGAUAUUAGACUUUAUUCUUUCAAUACCGAAAGCCUGGGAUUGGUCGAACCAUAAAGUGCAACCAGCCACAGUAAAAGAUCCAGUAUUUUUCUAUAAUUUGAUAUAUUAAAUUAUAACAAAACGUCUCCAAGCCCUCAGUUGUGUGCCCCGUAAUCAGGAGGAGCACAAUUUUUUUCAAAGAGGUGCUUGUUUUUCAACCAUGGAACCACACCUUUUGUCACUGAGCCAGCUUUCCUUAAAGUUGGUUAUUGCGCGUAUUUAUUUCUUAAGUGAAAGAGGGAAUCGCUGGAUCUCCGAGGGUGGUUUUUCCCCAACUAUGAUGUUUCCUAUUGUUUCCACAAAGAUAAAGCCAAGCUUACUCCUCAUCACAGUAUUAUUAAUAAACGUUAUUAUAUAUCAUGUUUUUUCAUCGCGACGUUUGUGUCUUUUAUCUGUGGUAAAAGAAGUUGUAUUCUUAAAAGCAUGGUCUAUUAUACAAUAAGUGUUUGCUUUCUCAUGUUAUUGUAGUUUUAGAACGGUUUGGGUAGAGAAGAUAACUUUUGAUAUUGUAUUCGAAAAUAAAUCGUUAAGAGUUCUGUGA